ACAGCGUCAUUUGUUGCAACGAUGCGUGGAGUUGGAGAUUCAGCGCGUCAACAAAUGACUGGAUGACCAGCUGAUGACACUGACAGGAAAAUGAGCUUUUCUAGUCACAGAAAUGAAGCCAGCGGUGUCGGUGUUACUGAGUUGUCUAUGCUUUGCACUCUGUCAAGAUGACGAACCAGACUAUGACAACCUUCUGUAUGGUGGCAUCUGGAGAUUGCCAGCACCAAGUCCAACUCUUGGAGAAGAGGACAUCUCAAAAGCUGUUGAGACCGCCAUAGCAUUCCUGGAACAAAGAACGCGGCGUAAUUUAAGGAAGCCUGAUGGAAGUCUGCGUCCAUACACCGUUCGAAACCUUCUCAAAAUGAAACUUGUAUUUACAAGUGACGACCGAGAACCCUACCUUCACAGCGUCAUGUCCCAAAGCGACAAACCCCAGCCGAUGUCCACGUUACUUGUCUUCGGAUCCACAUACACAUUCCACAUUACUUGGACAUCCAAGGAUUUUGUCUUUGGGCACAAUUUUAUUGUUACCAUGUAUCCCAAAGGGAACUUUCACAUAUUUGCUCACACAUCCACAAAUGAGGAGUUUUCUCCUCAUCGGAGGAAAAAUCAAACCACAGUGCCAUUCCAUGAGGAGUCAAGCUCAUCAGUGUGUUCCUUGUUGUCUAGUGGUGGAUCUCAAGACGCUGCGCUGUUUGCGACGAGAUCCUGCACGCUGAGGAGGGCGGACGUUUUGAGGGAUCUACAUUCUUGUGAUAACAGCCCCCAGGGGAGUUUGUAUACAGACUUUGGUGCUCAGACUGUUACAAAGUCCUGUGUUAAAAGAUCUGAUAUUUAUUUGAAUUUUACAGUGAUGACUUACAAUACGUGGAACUUCAACUCCCGACCAGAGAAAGGGAGCCAUCAUUAUGUGGACAGGAUCAAAAGGCUUGGACAGGUGAUAAAUGCCCAUAAGCCAGACAUCAUAGCAUUCCAGGAGGUGAGGUUCGAGUACCAGAAGGGAGGAGAGCUGGGACCAAACCAAGCUCAACACCUGGCUGACAUGCUGCAGGGCUACCAGUUCGUGUAUCAGCCUGCACAGCUCCAGCCUAACAGUGUAAAGGAUGGGCGGACAGAGGAGGGUGUGGCCGUGUUCUCGCGCUACCCUAUCACAUCUCAUCACUCGCUGCCUCUGUUCAGGAACCAGAGUAACAGUGCAGACCUUCAUCAGAGGAUGUGUCAACAUGUCGAGGUUCAACUACCCAAUCAGAAAACUGUCCACAUCUUCAACACCCACCUGUCUUUGAGUCACGAGGCCAGGGAGCAGUCAGUGAUGGAAAUGUGGAACUACAUGCGCAUGUUUGAGGGAGCAGCCAUUUUGACAGGAGACUUAAAUGCUGAACCACAAGAAAAUGCAAUCAGAUAUCUGCGAGAGAAAACCUCUCUGAUAGACACGUGGCAGCAUCUCCAUGGCAACAGAGGCGGAUACACAUUCAACACUUUAAAUAAGGCCCUCACCAAAAGGAUUGAUUACAUCUUUGUGAGAAGGCAGAACAAUGUCCACAUCUUGGACACGGAGGUGCUUGAUGAUGGAAAGAGAGGAGAGAAGGCGGCUUCAGACCAUGUUCCACUAGUUGCAAACUUUGGUUUUUCAUAAAUCAAAAUAAAACAAUUAGUACAUGAAA